AUGUUUUAUAGCCAUGAUGUUCUCCAGAGGAAAGGUGGAAAAUUUGGGAUUAUCUGGAUUGCUGCUACAAGAGGCGUGCAUUUAACCAGGAGAGAAUAUUAUGGUGUUAAUGUGGACAGAACAUGUCGACAGAUAAUCGACUACAUAACCCUGCGUGCCAGGCCAGUUAGACCAGGGGGCUCUGUGCCGAGAUUUUCUCUUUACUUGUCUUCACAACUCAUGUUUGGAGUGGUAAAGGUGUACAACAGGCAGACUGAAUAUUUGUACAGUGACCUGAGUUGUUUGUCCAAGGUAUUUUCUCAUCUAUCUCAGCUAAAACCCACCACUGAUAUUGAUUUGAAGGUGACUGCAAGAGCUGACCCUGUGACCAGCACAGAAGGCGUUAUUGAUGGUAAUUAUGAUCUAGAUUUUGGUGCCUUGCGAUGGGAACAAGAAACACUGAGUCUUCAAGCUAUUGCUGAUGAGGAAACUUUCAGAGUGGAACUUACCCCACCCUUUGCUUCACCCUUCAGUAGUCCUGAACAUAGAGACAUAUCUAUUCCUCUUUCUCCAAAUAUUCCUCAGGAACCUUUUAGACCAGGUGUUGGUGCUCCCUUAACAUCGCCUAAGGAACGUAUCACAUUACAGGAGGAAGUUUCAUUUUCAGAAGAGGAGAUGAAGCUCCCAGAUGAGAAGGACCUCCCACUAUUCACAGGGGAAGAAUUGCCGAUGUUGGAUGUCCCUGAAAAAGAACUGUCGGCUCAGAUAGAAGCCUCUAUCCUAGCUGAACAACAAGGUGUGGCUGUUUUUGAGGAGAUACAUUCUGCCUCUGAAUCUGAAUUGAGAGCUGACAUGCCUGUCCCAACAGAGACCACCCCCACUGUUGGUGUGACAGGUCACAGGCAAAGACCUGGGACUGAGCCAACCCCUGGAGUCACCCCAGGGACACCAAGACGAGAAGAACCCAAGAGAAGAAAAGUCAGCAUAGGCUUAGAAUUGUCACCUCUCACACCAACUCCUGGUAGUCGCAGAAGGAAGAGACAGCUGAUAUUUGCCGACAAAGAAAUACAAAUUCACAAGAAAAAGCUCAAACAGCAGAUGGCUGAUACAACGGACAUAAUGAGGCCCUUGAUGAUACCUAGCCCCACACCACACCUGUCAGCAGUUGAGCUCCUGACUCUUCCAAGUAGAAAAGACAUCCGUUCUCGUAACUUCCUACCCCUGUGGAGAAGAUGUGCCAAUACCUUGACUACAGAAGGCUCAGACUCUGACAUUGAGAAACGGUUCUGGACAAUAUCAAGUGAUGAAGAUGCCGUCAGCACUGUUCCUGAGCUGUCCCCUAUACCAGAACCUCGGGAUUCACUCCAACAGGAAAAGGAAGAGUCAAUGGAAAUAGCCAGAUUGUCUGCCUCAGCCAGCAAAUCUGCCAGUAGGCUGGAACUUUUGAGAUCAUUUAUUGAGCAAAGCUCUGACCUUGAUGUGUCAUCAGACACUGGGUCUAGAUCUGGAAAGCGACCAAGGCUAUCUGCAGACAGAUCAGCAGACAAGAAGUCCAGAGCUUCACCAAUCCCAGAGAUGGAGACUAUAUCAGCACCGCCCUCUAGAAGCAUUCGUAUGCCGCCUGUGUUGGAAGAAGAGAGGGAAGAACAUCACUCCAGCAUGGAUGAGUUAUUGGACCUAGAUAUGGAAGCAAGACCUGAGAAAUCUGCUAAAAUUGUACAUGAAGAUGUGCUUAGGAUAUUGUUGCAUCUGACAGCAAAUGUGGAUAUGAGCAUUACUUUCAGAACAUUGUGUCCACCUGCUAGCAACACCAGGAGCCAGGCCGCUGGUCAUUUCACUGCAAUUUUAGAUCUGUGUGCUCUGAAUAAAAUCGAUCUUACCCAAGAAGAACCCUACGGUGACAUUUUUAUCACGCGUGGAACAGAAUGGUGAACUUAGCAGGCUCAGCUUUAAACCAUAGAAAUCUAUAUAAAAGAACCUCAGAAGGAAAAAGUGAAGAAUCAGUUUUUUUCACAGUAACUUUUAUUAUUCCUAUUAGCAUUUUUUAAAAAUCUGAAGACUUGUGAAUAUUUAACAUAUUACAGUUUGUUUUCAUGAAAACAGCAGGAUAUAUAAUAUUGAAGGUUAAAUUGCAAAUAGAGAAUAUCAUUCUAAAUUGUUCACAUUUACAAUUAGUAUAUAUUGUGCAUUUAAAUGUUUCAAUGUUUUUAAAAUGUUAUUUCUGAAAAUAACUUUCUAUUUAAAA